UAGGGACGUAACUCGCAGUGACGCUUCCACGAAGGUAGCGCCAAUGAUGGAAGAGCCGGCAAAGGUGGAGGUGGCGAUGGUGGUGGUGGUGGUUAGCGAUGGUAGCGGUCUCGAUGGUAGUGGUACCAAAGGGUGGCCUCUCUCGCUCGGUCGUAGCCGGCAUUAGAGAGCACUUUCUCAGUGCGCGCGGAUCCGUCGCGCGCCGAGACGCUCCUCCGCGACGACGGUGGUAGUCUUUGAUACAUACACAUGCAUACGUCUACGCGCCGGCGAAUGGGGGAGUAAUCACGGUCUUGCGCAAUCGCAAGUGUACGUAGGUGUGUGUUUGUGUGUGUGUGUGUGUGCAAGUGUACGCGUGCGGAGUGGCUAGCCCGUGUUCGACUGCGCGAACGAGGAGGACAGAGAUAGGGAAGGGGUAGAGAGAGGGUAGAGAGAAAAGAGCAAGCGGGGAAAAGACAUAGAGAGGGUGGGUAAGGGUGCGCGAGGGUGGCGGCAAACGCCGGUGGCGGUAGCGGCGGCGGCGGUGGCGGCGGUAGCGGCAUCAGUGCACGGAAGUGGUUGUGCUCCGGUAGUGGACGGUGGAUAGUGUAGUGCGGUUGGUCGAUUGGAUCGGUUGGCCGGUGGUUGAUUCGCCGUCCGUUUCGCGUUGCCGUCGUGUCUCACCGGAAGCCGGGCGGAACGACGUUUCGAGCAUCGUGUCCACGAGGCGCGGACGGCGAGACGACGACGGGACCGCAAGAAAGGAGAAAGAGAGAGAGAGAGAGAGAGAAGAGACAAGAGAAUGAGAUCGAUAAGGAGGAACCUUAGGCGCUGGUUUCGCGAAACGGGAACGACGGUGUGCGACGCGUGAAGAGAGGAGAGAUAUAUAUCCUCUCCUCCUCUCCUCUUACUCCAGCCCCCGAGAUUGAGAGGGUGCGCGUGUGUGUAUGUGUAGUGCGCCGACAAGGAGCGCACGCGACGAAAGCGGGACACACGCGUGUAGUACGCGCGCACACGUACUCACGCAGGCGCGAGUGCGCGCAGGCGAGUGAGCGAGCCGUCGUCGCGCCGCGCCGGCACACGAGGGUGGAACGCGAGGUCCGCGAGGAAGGAACGCGGCGGCCGCCGCCGGCUCGGUUCGUCGACUUGGCUGGCUCGCGAAAGGGCGGUUCUUGGAUCCGGAUGGGAGCGCGACGCCGCGACCGGAGGCCGAGGGAGAGAGCGAGAGAGACCGGAAGAGGGAACGGGAGAGGAUUCGUUCGUUCGUUCGUUCAUUCGCGUCGUGUCGGCCGCUCAGCGAGACAGGAAGGUGGAGGAAGAGGGAAUCGACUGCCUCUUUUUCUCUCUCUCUCCCCCCCUCGAUCUCUAUUCGCCCUCGCUCGAUGGGCUACGCCGCCGAAAGAAGGUCAAAGAUCGAUUCUCGGGCCGACGAGGGUCGUGACCUCGCCGUACGCCGCCGCCGAGUACGAAGUGACCCACGCGCGUAGUAGUACUAUCCGCUAGUAGUAGUACGCCGGCCAGAAGCUCGGAAGUAUUGUAUUCGGUGAGGAGGCGAGGUGGCGGUGGCGGUGGCGGUGGCGGAGUGGCGGUGGGUGGAGAGAGGAUCGAUCGGGCGGAGGAUCAUCGUCGCGAUGCAAGGAUGAGGUCGAUCGACCGGCAGAGAAGGGACCGUCGAACCGGCGACUUUUGUUGAGAUCGACGAUACCACGCACGGUAGCCAACCGUCUCUCUCUCUCUCUCUCUUUUUGUCUCUCGCGUACGAGAGAGAACGAGGACCGAAACGAUCACGUCAAUGCACGUCGUCCACGAACGCGCCAUCGCACGUAGAGUAGAAACGUUCGCGCGCAUCCCAUCGGGGCACGACAACGACGGCGUGUCCGCGAUUUGGCGUGGAAGAUCGCGGAGGCGCAAGGAGAUCGGAAAGGUAUCGUCGGCCGUAGCCGGAUGCUGGAGCACGAAGUUGGGGACGGAGCGAAGAUCGAGUCGCCUAAAGAAAGGCGAUCGUCGAGAUUCCGGCGCGUGAAGCAACACACCUCUAUCCUCCGGCUGUUACCCUAACUGAAAGCUCGGAUAGGCCGGACGGACGGGAAAACGCUCGUUGAUCGAAUCACCCGUUGCGAACAAUCGGGCUGAUAUGAGCGUGAAGACGGACGAGGGUGACGAGAGACAGGGGAACUGUCUCAGCGAGGCGUGACAAAGCCACUACGGAAAUUUACAAGUCCGAAUUAUAUAGAAGCCUCUUGGGAAAUCGGGAAACGAGCAUUGUCGAAGAACGAGAGGAGAGAGAGAGAGAGAGAGAGAGAGAGAGAGAGAGGAAGAGAAAGAAAAAGACGCGUGGAUCGCAUUAAUCGCACCAAGCGAUCGCGAAAGAAAAGAAGAAGGAGGAGGACGACGGAAUACCGACCAUCAUCGACGAGACGACGUUGACGAGACUUUGACGACACUGACUCUAAGACGUUCUCCCGCGCCUACGAGGAGGAGGAGGAGGUACGGCUAUUCGCCGAGGUUUCCCGUAGAAUGUCACGGGACCCUUACUCGAGCAGUGGCGUGAUCGGUCCCGGUGGUGGCACACGUUCGCCACGCAGCGGUCGUCGCGUGGGCGAACUGCCGACCGUUGAUCGCAGCCCGUCGCGAAGUUAUGCUAGCGGUCGUGGCAGUCCGCUCGGUGGUCGUAAGCAACGGGGAACACGUAGUGGCAACAAUUCGCCGGAGCACCUAGGCUACGGCUACCAUCACCAUCAGCUGGGCAGCCCGUACUACUCCCGCGACGAGGACCUCGGCAGUCCCGUGAUGCUCGAGGAGAGGGGCAGGAGUAUGUCGACCGGGGGCGGUGGGGGCGUACAUCACCGAUCCAGAAGCGCCUCGAGACCCGCCAUGUCCAGCUCGGCGGGCAUGGUAGCGCGUUACACUAGCCUCGAUCGUGCCUCCGCUGGCGUUCUCGAUCAUGAUCGGGAAUUCAUGCCGAUACGCGAGCCGAGUCGCGAACGUAGCCGCGAUCGCGGACUCUACCUGGAGGACGAGCUAUACGGUUCCAGGUCGGCGCGUCAGAGUCCGAAUCCGCACAUGCUGCGCGACGGCGGAAUUUACAUCGGUGAGCUCCAGCACCAGAACAACGAUCUGCAGCGCGAGCUCGGCAACCUGAAGAAGGAACUCGAGCUGACGAAUCAGAAGUUGGGCAGCUCGAUGCACAGUAUCAAGACCUUUUGGAGUCCGGAACUCAAGAAGGAACGGGCCUUGCGCAAGGAGGAGAGCACCAAGUAUAGCCUCAUCAAUGAACAACUCAAGAUGCUCAACUCGGAGAAUCAGAAACAAAGUAUCAUGGUUCGUCAACUGGAAGAGGAGCUCAGAAUGAGGAUGCGCGGGCCGAGCGUCGAGAUGCAGCAACAAAUGGAAGUUUUGUACAAUGAGAACGAGCAUCUGACUCGCGAAAUUGCCAUACUUCGUGAUACGAUAAAGGAGCUGGAAUUAAGAAUAGAAACACAAAAACAAACGCUGCAGGCUCGUGAUGAGAGUAUCAAGAAGCUCCUCGAGAUGCUCCAGAACAAGGGGAUGGGAAAAGAGGAGGAAAGGAUCAUGUUCCAGCAGAUGCAGUCGAUGGCCCAGAAGCAGGAGCUCAAAGCGACGAACGAGAGCCUGAAGAGCCUGCAGACGCAGCUGGAGCUCGCGUACGCCUCGACCGCGUCCUCGGGACAGCCGGUGGCCGGCGGCAUCAGCGGAUUGGCGGGCGCAUCGGUCAUCGGACUAGGUAGCGUAUCGGGGGGCGCAGGUGCUGGGGGCUGCGGCGGCGGUACCGUCCUCGGAGGUAGCGUGGCGGUUCCAGGCGGCGUGCCCGGUAGCACCACCCUGACCGCCAUCAUGGAGACGAAAGACGCGCGCAUAACAACCCUGGAGAAGGAGGUGGCGUUGCUGGAAGCCGAACUACAGCGUAUUAAGGAGUGCGGCGGUAGACUGCGGGAACAACUGCUGAAGGCCAUCGCUGUGCCAAGCAGCGGCGGUACUUUACAGCAGCAUCAGCACCUGGGUAUCACGCAGUCGACCGGCCUGGGUGGUCAGCAACAGCCCGGCACGUUGGCCCUGGCCAGGGGACCGUCCAUGAUGACCUCGCUGGUACCGUACGGUGGCCACGCGUCGUCCGCGGCACUAACCAGUUCAUUGCUUGCCGGUUCGACAGGUGGGACUACCACCGGGAGCGGCGGCGGGUUGGGUGUCGGUGGCGGUUCCUCGUGCCUGGCUGGCAUCUCGUCGGGCGCCACCACAGGUGUGGUCAAUCCAUAUACCGAUCGCUACGGUACAGAUCAUCAUCCCCAUCAGUUGCAUCAUCACCAGCAUCAUCAUCAUCACCAUCUUCACCAGCAGCAUCAGCUGCAGCUGCAGCAACAGCAACAAAUGCAGCAACACUUGAAACAUUUAGAGCCUGCGGCGGCUGGCGCCCUUGCGCUGCACGCUCACACCUUCAACAAGCACGACCUGAACUUCAAACGGCAAGUUGACUUCUCGCGGAUGAGACGACUGCAUUUUGCAUACCAAACGCAAAAAUCUCAACAUACGGGUCGAAUAUUGCUGGACGAGCUUCGGACGGAGGUAACGCGACGGGACCAGGAGCUGCUGGCAAUGUCGGCGAAGAUGAAGACUCUCGAGGAGCAACAUCAGGAUUAUCAGAGGCACAUCGCCGUACUUAAGGAGUCUCUCUGCGCCAAAGAGGAACAUUAUAAUAUGCUGCAAGCCGAUGUGGAGGAGAUGCGGCAGCGGAUGGAAGAAAAGAACCGGAUGAUCGAAAAGAAAACGCAAGCGGCAAUGCAGGCGCAACAGGAGCGCAAUCGCAUGAACACCGAGCUGACCGAAAUCAAGGAUCACAUGGACAUCAAGGAUCGCAAGAUCAAUGUUCUGCAGCGCAAGAUCGAGAAUCUGGAGGACCUGCUGAAGGAGAAAGACAAUCAGGUUGAUAUGGCUAGAGCUAGGCUGACGGCGAUGCAGGCGCAUCAUUGCAGUAGCGAAGGUGCACUUAGCAGUCUCGAGGAGGCAAUCGGAGAUAAAGAGAAGCAAAUGGCACAAUUACGCGAGCAAAGGGAUCGUGCCGAACAGGAAAAGCAGGAGGAGAGGGAAUUGCACGAGAGGGAGAUCGCCGAAUACAAAAUGAAGAUACAUACAUUGGAGUCCGAGGUUGAAAAAUUGGGCGCGCGUUUGGAGCGAGCACAAGCGGAGAAGGAUCGGCUGGAGUCGAAGCUUGAGAGCUCACAAUCCGAGCUCGGCAAGAGCAAGGCUGAGCUGGACAAGGCCGCCUCCGAGGUUGGACGUAGCGGUGCGGACUGGGAGGCGGCGAAGCAGCGGCUGGCCAGAUUGGAACUGGAGAACGAAAGGCUGCGACACGACAUUGACCGAUCGCAGACCAGCUAUGGUAGGGGCACGCUGAACUCGUCCCAGGAAAUGGAGCGUGUACAGGAACGUGCGGACAAAACAGCUGCUGAAUUAAGGAGAGCUCAGGCCGAGCUGAGGGUUACGCAAGCGGACAAUGAGAGAGCACGUGCCGAGGCUGCCACCCUCCAAGAAAAAGUGGAAAAGAGUCAGGGCGAAGUGUACAGGCUCAAAGCCAGGCUGGAGAAUGCUCAAGGUGAACAAGAGAGCUUACGAGAGGAAUACGACCGAGCACAGGCAUCCGUGGCUCGUCUUCAUUCCGAGAGAGACAAAGCGAUUGGCGAACUCGAAAAAGCGCAGGAGGAACUCGAGCGCACGCAGGCCACCCUUGGCAAGGCGCAGCUUCAGCAGGAUAAACUGCAAAAUGUAUUGGACAAAACACAGAGCGAGAACGAUAAGUUGCAGGAGAAGCUUGAAAAGACGCAGACGGAAGUUCGUAGAAUGCAAAUGGAGAGAGAAAAACAGAACUACGACUUCGAGAAUCUGCAGAGUCAGCUUGACAAAGCGUUGGGACAGUCAGCGAGAAUGCAGAAAGAGCGCGAGGCGAUUCAGCUUGAUGUGGAUCGACUGCAGGACAAGUAUGAGAAAGCUCAGAUCAUAAUGCAGCGGCUGCAGAAGGAACGAGAUAGCUUCCAAGAAGAGAUGGAGAAGAUGCACGAGAGGAUAGAAUUCCAGCAGAAUCAAUUAGCUAAGAUGCAACGCGAGAAGGAGAAUGUGCUCUCAGAACUCGAUUUGGUAAAGGAAAGAUGGGAAAAGACGCACAAUACUCAACAGAAGUUAACGAUGGAGCGAGACGACGCGCUGACUGAAAUUCAGAUUCUAAAGGAGAAACUGGACAAGGCACAAUAUUCCAUGAACAAGGCUCAAGAGGAACGAGAAAAUACUACUAAGGAAUUCGAAAAGAUGCUGGAAAAAUACGAUAGGUCGCAGAGCGAGGUGUACCGUCUGCAGAACCGCAUCGACGUGAUGGAGGCGGACAAGGAUCGGCUUGAGCUGGAAACGGAGAAGCAGCAGAUGUUGGCGACAAAAUCGCGCGAGGAAUCGCGUAAGGCCCAGGAAGAACUCGCCCGGGUGCAGGAAAUGUACGAUCGUGCGGCGCUGCAGCUCGGACGCACGAAGGAGCACGAGGAAAAAUCGAAGGAGAGCAUCGAUCGGCUAAGCGUCGAUCUGGAAAUGGUGCGCGAGCGUUACGAAAAGUCGCAGAUCGAGCUGCGACGAUUGCAGAACGAGCGCGAGAAACUGGUAGCCGACAACGAGCGCAUUAGUUUCGAGCUGGAGCGCGCGCACUCGCAGCUCAACAAGGCGCAGGCGGCAACGGAGAAGACGCAGGAGGAGCUCGCGCGUAUGCAGCUCGAGAUCGAGAAGAUGUACGAGAAGCACGAUCGACAGCAGGCGGAAGUGAGGAAGGCGCAGAGCGAGGCGGAACGGCUCCGCACCGAGGCUGAGAGCGCGCGCGAGGAGGUCGAGAGGUACGCGACACGUUUCGGCAAGUACCAGGAGAGCCAGGAGCGGCACAAGGAGGAACACGAAUGGGCGAAGCUGGAGGUGGAGCGGCUACGCGAUCGUCUGGAGAAGGUGCAAGCGGAGCUCGAUCGCGCGCGGAAGGCCGAGCAGGACGCUUCGAGACUGCGCGUCGAUCUGGAGCGUGCGGAAGGCGUGCGAGGUAAAUACCAGUACGAGCAGGAGAAGUGGCAGAGCGAGGGUAGUAGGCUACAGCAGGAGGUAGAGAAGCUACGCGAGCGGCUGGAGGGCCGCGAGGCCGAGCUGAAGAGGACGCAGUCGAAUCACGCCGAGCUCGAGGCGAAGCUGCACGAGGCGCAGCUUCAACUCGAGCGGGCGCGCGACGAGACCGGCAAGGCUACGGCGCAGCAGGAACGCAAUCGUUCGGAGAUCGAGCGUGCGCGGAUCGAGGCCGAGAAGAUACGCGACCGGCACGACAAGGUGAAGAUGCGGGCUGAUGCACUCGAAGCGGACAAUGAGAAGCUGCGCGUCGAGAUUGUGCGGCUGGAACGACUGAUGCAGACCGAGGGUAAGACGAGAUCCGAGAGCGCGAGUAUCGAGGUAGAGCGUCUACGAGCUAGCCUGGAUAAGGCGAUCGUGGCGCGCGAUCAGGUCGAGCUUGAGGCCGGCAGACUCGCGAAGGAGCUCGAGAAGGCACAUCUGCAGACCGCCAAGUAUCAGGAGGCCACCGAGGCCAGUAAGAAGGAGAUCGAGCAUCUUGCCGCGGAGAUGCAGCUACUGCGGGACGAACGCGAAGCGCUGCGUCAGGAGUUGCGCCGCGUGCAACAGCAACAGCAGCAGCAGCAGCAACAACAACAACUCGCCGGCAGUGAGGAACUUGCUCGAAUGCAGUACGAGUUGCAGCUAGCGCAACGCGAACGCGACAAGAUGGCAGCGAUUUUGGAGAAUCGAGAGAAGCACGCGGAGAAGAUGAAGGAGAAACUGGAGGCGGACGCGAAACAACUGCAGGUGGAGCGUGAUCAGCUGGUUAUACAGCUGGAGAAGUCGCAGGAAAUGUUGGUCAACUUCCAGCAGGAGCUUAGCGCGAACGAGGCCGAGCUCGAGCGUCAGCGCGAGGAGGCCCGCCGUCUUCAACAGCGAGCCCACGCGCAGACACCCGAUCGCGCUGCUAAGGAGGCAAUGGACGCGCAAAUGCGCGAGGUCCAACGGCUGCAGCAGCAGGUGCAGAACAUACAGCAGUCGCAGCAGAAAGAGCGACAGCGCGCCGAGCAGGCAGAGAAGCGGGUGCAGGAGUUGCAGAAGCAGCUGGCGUCACGCGGCGCCGAGACUACCCAGUCCGACGCGGCUCAGCUUGAGCAGUGGCGGAAGCUGUGCGAGACGGAGCGGCAGCGGGCGGAUACUGCCGAACGCGAGGCUGGCGACCUGCAGAAACGGAUACAGACGACGGAGCGGCAGCUGCACGCGCAUCAGCAGCAGAUCCAACAGAUGCAGGUCACCAUGCAGCAACAGCAACAACAGUUGCAGCAGCAGCAGCAACAGCAGCCCUCGCAGCAGAACGGCCAGGAGGUCGCCAGGCUAAGAAAGGAGUUGGAACGCUCUCGCGAAGAAGUUAAACAGGCGAUCAUGGAGCGCGAGCGAUUCCAAGCGCAGCUCGAGAUGCUGUGUCAGGAACUGGAGAAGAAUCAGGUGGAUUUGCACGAGGCGAACAAGAAACUCCAAGCUGGCGCCGCGAAAGCUGGCGCCGAUACUAUGCAGGAGAGGAAACAGAUCGAGGAACAAAGACGACAAUUGGAAGAGCAGAGAAGACAGACGGAAGAACGAGCGAAGUCCGUAGAUCAGAAAGCUAGGACGAUAGAAGAAAAGGAGAGGUCGCUCCAAAGUCUCGACCAAGACCUGAAGAAGAGGAAGGCAAGAAUGGACCAACUGGAGCAACAGUUACAGAAGAGUGGUGGAGCGCCGGACAAGAGAUUAGCGGAAUUGCAAAAGGCGCUCGAGAAUGCCGAGAGAGAUUUAGAAAAAGCGAAGGAAGAAUCGGGCAGGAGCGCCGCCGAGACCGAGAGGCUAUUGCAGCUCGUGCAGAUGACACAGGAGGAGCAAAACUCCAAGGAGAAACAGAUCAGAGAACUUCAAGAUGCACUCAAAACCGCACAAGCUAAGUUGAAACAAGCUACAACUGCACAUCAAGAGGCGGGACCCGCCGGAUUCCUAAAAAGCUUGUUCUAAGGUCGAUUUUCGUUGGGGACGCCUUCUCCGUUCUUUUUAGUACAAUUUGCAUAUUAAUAAGCGAGACUUUACGAGUAUAGACAUAUACACGAGACUUAAACGAAGGAUUGAUGUCGAUCCGCAAAUGGACAAAACCCACGUCGAGACAUAUAAUUAUUUUACGUAAAAUGCUGCGACCAUUGUUAACGUAUUUAAUAAUUAUAGCAAAAGGAUAAUAACGAUAAUAAUACAACAAUAACUUGAUAUAUAAAUACAAAUAUUGAGAAUAUAUAAAUAUUGAAAAUAAAACUAUAAAUAUAAAUAUAAUGCAGAGGAUAAAUUAAUAUAAAUAUACAUAUUAACGCGACAACGCGAGAGAAGACGACAACGGUAACAAUAAUGUUAAUUACUAUUAUUGAAAAAAAAAGACCGAAGUACAUAUAUAUAUAUACAGAUAUACAUACCUACAUACCGGCGUACAUACAUACAAGAGAUACAAAUACACUUGCACAUUCAUCUGUAUAUACAUACUAUUAUUCACACGAUCGCGGAAGUUAUACGUAUGUAGAUGUAUAUAUGUAUGCACACGCGUAAAUAUAAAUAUAAAUAUAAAUACCAGUAAAUUGGGAGAUAGAGAUGAAAGAAA